GCGACACAAGGCCCGCUCUCACUCGACUUCGACCUCCUCCGACGAGACAAAGAGGCAGAGAGAGAGACAGAGAGAGGGGAGAGGAGAGAGGAGAGGAGUGUCCCGUUCUAUCUCUUGCUGCCGCUGCUGCUGUAGUCGUCGUCGUCGUUGGUGUUGGUGGUGCGGUGGUGCUCGUGAGUGAUAGUCAUGGCGUCCCUCUCGUCUCUGUCCCUGCACGCCAUAGCCCAGCUCCCGUCUCGCCAGCAGUUGUCGUCCGUGCACGCGGCCGUGGCCCAGGGUUCCAGCACUGCCCAAGUCUUCUCAUUGAGAAGCCCACAACGAAAUGCUGCGCGCGCGCCUGCGCCUCGAUUGCGCUCAGCUGCCGCCGCUCUGCCCGCCAUCACCUGCAUGGCUGCUGCUGCCAUCGAAAUUCCAACGGUGGCGGAUACCAAGCGAGCAUUCUUGGACGCCUACAGAAGACCAAUUCCCAGCAUUUACAGCAAUGUCAUCCAGGAGUUGCUGGUACAGCAGCACUUGAUGCGAUACAAUACCACCUACAAGUAUGAUGCUGUCUUCGCCCUUGGCUUUGUUACAGUCUACGAUCAACUGAUGGACGGCUACCCCAGCACCGAGGAUAGGGAUGCAAUUUUCAAGGCCUACAUCGGCGCUCUUAAGGAAGACCCCGAGAAAUACAGAUCUGAUGCCAUUAAGUUGGAAGCAUGGGCGAAGGAGCAGAACUCUGCUUCUAUCGUUUCUUUUGGAGAUGGAGAAGUGGGAGCGAUUCUCAAGGAUAUCUCCGAGCGUGCAGGCAGUAAGGACAAGUUCCACUACAGCAGAUUCUUCGCCAUUGGUCUGUUCCGCCUCCUUGAGGUGGCGAAGGCCUCGGACCCUGCUAUAUUGGAGCAGCUCUCCAAAGCCCUGAACGUGAACAAGCUGAGCAUCGACAGGGAUCUGGACGUGUACCGCAACUUACUUUCCAAAUUGGCCCAAGCCAAGGAGCUCCUGAAGGAGUACAUCGACAGAGAGAAGAAGAAGGCCAUCGAGAGGGAAAGCGCAGCCGCGAAGAAGACGGAAGAAGUGGCGAAGACGGAGGCUAAGUCAGAGUGAGGAAUUGACAGAUUUUACUUACAGAUGUGAAGAAACAUGAGAAUCCUCUUCGAAGAAUCAAACAGGCCAAUUUUACUUUGACUGUCUUCCGAGUUGUACCAUCAUCACAAUAUGUAAUGUUUUAGCUUGUGCAGCAACAUCUUAGGUCAAAGAAGUUAGAAAUUAAGUAGUUGUAUUCUUUUUCCGAGUCAAGCCUGACAUCGUGUAGUUCCAGUUCGACCAGCUUUCAUAGGCACUUUUGCUUCGGCAGUGAUGUAAAGCUUUGAGAGAACCAGUCCAUCAGUGUAUCAUUGACGCCUUCAUGUUUGAAUCAUUAAUUAACUGCCAAGCAGACUAUGCUGAGGUUUACAAACCAUUGCGGUGGCCGCGAGACUGAUCAACGCGAAUCCAAACAUAUAU